ACUAACAAGCUAUACGAUUCCUCGGCUACCCCUUAUGUUAACAAAGCUUACUUGGUAGUGUCCUCAAAUCUUCCCAGAGAAUGCUAGGGAAUCCUAGAGUUUACCAUUGAACCCACUCCUUCCUCACCCACAUACGGAGAACGGAGAGCCCCAACCCGAGCCAAGACCCUGAUUGCGUUUUUGCCGGUUCUUAUCUCACCGCCUGUAACGGAAACCUCAUCUCAUCUGCCUAUGUAUAGAUCUUGGUUCGAGAGAUCAGAGCCAUGCUUCGCGGUCUUUUCCAUAAUGGGCCUUUCUACACGACACUGGCUCUAACGAGGAUACCCCAUAGAUGGAGUGUCAGCCAACAACGGGUCUUUUCCCUCUCCGCACCGGCACACGAUAAACCGCUCCCUCCGCGUCUGAAAAUCAGCGAUGCCGAUCUGACGGUUUACUAUCUUAAGGGCACAGGCCCUGGGGGGCAGAAAAUUAAUAAAACCAAUUCUGCCGUGCAAUUGAUCCACAAACCCACUGGUAUUGUCGUUAAAUCGCAGGCGACCCGCUCUCGGUCUCAGAAUGAGAAGAUCGCAAAGCAGUUGCUCGCGGAUCGCGUUGAGGACUUGGAGAAAGGGGACCAGAGUCGCACUGCGAUCAAGGCUGAGCGGGCGAAGAAGAAGAAGGCGAGUAAGUUGAAAAAAACCCGGAAAAAGUAUCGUGAUCUAGAGAGCAAGGAGGGCGAGCAUGAUGAGGGCGACGAACAUUCAGAGGAAGAUCACACUUUGCAAUCGGAAGACACCGUCACCCAACCAUCGCCAGAGACAAAAGGCCGAUGAUGGAGAUGCACAUACAUGCCGCUGGCGGCACCUUUACCAAAUCACUGUACAAUGGAACAUACGACCAACGCUUUAUAAAUUCAAUUAUUCAAAUAUAAUGACUUCAUGAAACACAUGCAAUGAAUCGUAACGCAGCCGCCCCUUUCUAGACCAACCUCUAACUAUCUAUCACCGACGCAUCUAUGCAAUGUAGCUACCCAGCACAGCCCGGGCCUCAUCUCCCAAACGCUCCUGCGCGAAUGCAGAAACCCGGCCGCCGUGUGUCUUAUCAGCCUCCUUCAGGUACUGGCCAACCCACGCCUUAAGAUCAGCACCGGUCUCGGGCCAUGGGUCCUUGGGCUGGGUGCG